AUAAGUGUUUUUUUAUAUUAGUCAAACUUUCUACAAAGAAAAUGAUACAUAGCAGAAAUAAUGCCCCUUUUGAAAAUUAAUUACUGUGAUUAUUAUUCAUGCUAUCGGAUAUGGCCCGUCGUCUAUUUCCAUGGUAACUAACAAUCUUCGAGUCGAGUUCUCUUUGAAAAGUUCAGGAACAAUUAACAUGUUGCUCCAAAAUAUCUACAAUCUCCAACUUCUGUUAUGAGCUCACUCGAGAGAAGUUGUUUUGUUGGAUGCUCGUUUGCUUGCUAGGUCCCGAAGUCACUUAAUCGGAGAAGGCGCUAGCUUCUAUUGCAAUUAGAACAUCGUUAGAAGAUUAUUCCCAGUUUGAUACUGUACGAUGGAAUUCGAGAAGGACUCGUCGUUUGACGAACUCAGGAUAACACCGUCUCCUGAUAGACCGCGCGCCCUAUCAGCCGCCGAUGUCUUCGAGAAAAGCAUGGAGUUGAACGGUAUAAAAAGCCCCGUUAUUCGAAACCUGUCGAGAAAUAUAAUGCGCAAGUGGCGGGAAGCCCACGAACGCAAAGUGAACAAGCGACUCCAGGAAUUACGAAUAGAGAAGAAAAGAAAAGACGGAGAAGCAAAGGAAAUUGCUCGUUUGGUUACUAGAAAGAUUCCUUUGGAUGUACUAGCAAAGGACUGGCUAUAUGACAAUGAACUCACGGCAGAUGCUAGGGUGUAUCUUGUAGAAAACCUUUUACCUACAUUAAUACUUGGUGUAGAGAAACUCCUAGAUGAAGUCACCAAAAGGGGACUAACUGAUUCAGAAGGGUUUUGUCCAGAUUUCAACCCUAUUAAUUACUUAGCACAGUAUCUAAUGCGUAACAACCUCAAGUACUCUAACUUUGUUGAGGCCUCACCCUACACAAAGGGACUUCACAAAGUGACAGAGGAUUUGAAAAAGGAGAUUUUUUCAUCUGAGGAAAAUAAAUUGGCAAAGAUGAAAGAGGAGGCCAAGCAAAGGAGGAUUGUGCGUGAGAAGGAAGAGAAAGCAAGGGAGAUGGAGGAAAGGAGGAGAGCUAUGGCCCUUGAAGAACAGUUUGUAGAGUGGACAUCUGACUGGAAAGGCUUUCUUCCUCUUGCUGCUGUUCAAAACAUGCUGAUGUCUUUCCAAGAAUUUUCUUCAAAGUUAUCAGAAGAUCUAAGAAAAGGCGCAGAAUAUUGCAUCCCUCUCGGGCCAACAGACACCACUGGUAGAGUUAUUGAUUUGGAUGGCUUCAAAGAGUACUUGGCUCCAUAUGGUGGUAACAUGACAUCUCCAGCCUUUAAUGCCUUUCUCGUCCACAUGGCCUCAUGUGCUAAAGAGUACAGGGCUGCGACAAUUAGACAAGCCAUGAGGAAUGUUCUUCAAAACUUGUUCCUGGUUUGUGACGUCAACAGAGCUGGCCAUCUUGAUCGCCAACGCGUUUUGGAACUACUGGGACUCUUUUACGAUGGGGCCCAGGCAGCGGACCGAGAUGUCCUAAGAAAUCCUCGCCAAUGGCCUGUUAUUGAAAUUGAGGAGACAAGUGACGAAGAAUCCGUCUUUGAGGAGGAGAAGCCAAAGGGUGACAUUGAGCCUCAAAAAGAGAUUUCUCAGGAGAAAGCUCCAGCCAAACCCGAAGCACAACAAACUAACACUGCAGAGAUAACACCUGCACCUUCAGAUGAAUCACAGGGUUCAGUAGACACUGCUCACGGGCCACCAGACGUGGUCCAAUCGGCCCAGGAGGGUCAGGACCUGACAGUGGGUGAAACUAAUCAAGAUGCCCAACAAGAGGCGCCUGUUUAUGAAAAUGCGAAAGCAGAAGAACAAGCAGAGUCUGAGACAGUGCAACAGGAAGCUACAAAAACGGAAGAGGAAGUAACAAAACCGGAAGAGGAAGCAAAUAAACCAGAUGAGGAAGCAUCUGUUUCGGAUGAACAACCUUUGACGAAUGAGGAAAGAAAGCUACUUGAUUCAAUACCAGAGGAAUUUAACUCUGAGCGUUCUGAGACAGAGACUACGGUCAGCGCCAUCCUCAGGCCCGAGAAAGAGGUCGAGGGUUCCGCUUUCGACGAGAAUACGCUCAACCAGGCGCAGUUCUUGGCCCUGAUCGAGAAAUUCCUCGGCGGUGAACCAAAAAAACACAUCCUUGAGAAGUUCGUUCGCUUUACUCGCGCCAACUACGUGGAGUUUGACUUCGAUCGUCUGAAUCGGAUGAACAAGGCACGCCUUGACGCUCGCUCGGCCAAAAGACGUCGCCUGGUUGAUCAGCUCUUUGAUUUGUGGGAUAUCGAUGGCUCCGGGAGCCUUGAACUAGACAAAAUUCAAGUGGUGCUUAACAAAUGGAAAGUUGAUAAUGUGGAGAACGGCUACAAAGAAGCUGUGCGCAUAUUCGGCGAAGUGACGAAAAAUCUGAAUCGCCAAGAGUUCCGUGACAUCAUCGACGCGGUUUACGCCACUCUUCCUGACGAAGAGGAGGCGUUUGAGGCUCUGAUAACAUUCCUCGUCUCAAGCGUGGAGCGGUCAUUCGAAGAGCGCAGGCGCAGUGAGACUCGCAAGCGAUGGCUGACCAACAUCGACGUGGCUGCGCAGACGAGUGGCGCGCAGCUCGACCCAGUCUACCAGGCCACCUUUCAAGUCCUGUACAAAGAUGCGGAAGAGCACGGGCGCGGGAAGAUGGUCAGCAGCUUCGUAAGCAUGCUGGAGACUAACGAUGACCCGGAAGCUCUGCACCGAGGCGAGGCUGUGCUCCGAUACGCGGCGUGUACGGCAGAGGACAUCGGCUACAUGCUCGGCAAGGUCAUCUACAGGGACAUGAAGGCCGUUAGCUGGGCUGCAGUGGACUCUGGGAAGCCGAUACAUGUGCCCAAGGUCGGCAGCCACGGCGGAGUGUAUUUCUGGAAUUCCUUCAGGAACAAAGAUACUGACGGCUCGCUCAUCGUUCUGCCGCUCAAGGACCAUGAGAAGCGUGUGAUCGGUCUACUUGGGGUCGAUACUCUGAACGACUCGCACAAGACGCCCUUUAUCACACACGAAAUCUCUUUCUACCAGGCUGCCGCCAAGGCACUAAGUCAAGCGAUCCAGUUCGUUGAUAUCCGUCGUAAGACGCUGCGUGUGGCGGAGUCCGCUGUCUCCUGGAUAUUGCGGCGCAGUCAAAAUGUGCAGAACGUCAAUGUCUACCUCGUGGAGCCAGGACUAAGGCCUUCUGACGGCCUGGUAUUGCGUCGCAUGAUACUCUUGUCGCAUAACGGAGUAAGCGAGCGCUUUAACAACCCACCUCGAUUAGACAGAAAGGACAACCUCUUCAGGGACUAUUUGUUCAAAUGCGUUGAGAGCUCGGAGACGAUUACUGCUGACGCGUACGGCGAGCGUCACAUGGCCUUCCCGUUACGUGACGCGGAAGGUCACGCUGUCGCCGUAGUGGAUAUCAGUAUCGGUGACCUGAAGGCACUUCCGCCGCACGAGAAUAGGGAAAUACAGCGCAUGCUCCGACUGCUGGCCAUGGCCCACCGCGAGGUCGCACGGGAAGUGGCGGGACUCGAGAAGAAUAUCGUCCUAGAGGUAGAAAAAGAGUACGAGGACUCUCGUAUCGACGUGCUGUUUGAUCGGCUCAUGCUACUAGACUUGCGGGAGAACGUGGGGAGACUGGACGCGCGUGCUUUCGCCGAGAUCAAGAGCUACAAGGACCCGCCAAAGGUGAUUCAUGACAUUCUGAGGGCAGUUCUCGGAAUCUUCAACACGAAUCCUGAACUGCAGGCGCGCUUUGAAGAGUGGACCACGUGCAAGCAGUACGUCAAUCAAGAUCUCGUCAAGAAUAUAACCGCCUACGACCCAACGGCGCGCUCUAACGAGACCGGCUUCAAAGUUGACGCCAAGGGGCUGGCCAAGACUUUACAGAAUGUACCGCAAGGAGCGGUCGCUAAGCACGGAUCGCUACCCGCUCAGUAUCUCUUCAACUGGGCCUUUGUCUGUCUUUCUCUCAUCGAGCAUACGGAGAAAAUGGCCGAGGCAAGACCAGGGAAGGCUGUCAGCCCGCCAGCUGCAAGCUCACUCAUGAUAGACCCCGGCAAGGGCCGACUUGACUCACCCUCAGAGACAAUAAACACGAAUACGAGAACAGAAACUACAUCGUAGAGAGUCAACAUCGCAUAGAUAAAGGGUAGAAAGCUGUCCUCCCGCCAACUACAAGCUCAUGAUCGACCCUAGAAAAUGCUGCCUCUAUUGCCCCCAUAACACGAAUGCGGCAUCGACGUCAUUAAUAUUGCAGAUAUGGGGGCUACAAGGCGGUGGUUUCACAAGCCACAGCCUCAUUCAUUCUGCCCAAUCCGAGUUGUACACGAUAACAACAUUGACAAUAACAUUGUCUACAAUGAUAAUAUUGAUAACAAUAUAGUAAUUAAAACAGCAGUAGUGUGUGAGGUGGUUGCUAGGGAUACAAAUGUACCGAAUUAAUACUAAUUCUAAAUGUACUGCUGUUCUAAAUAUUGUACAUAUUAAAGCAACUAUUGUGUGAUAUUUUUAUACAACGAAUUCAUAAUAAAAUAUUAAAGAUAA